AAAUGCCGCCGCUCAUUGAGAAUCCCGCCGACUGCGAAGUGCGUGCCGUUAUUCGUUUUCUCAGUGCUAAAGGCUCGAAAGCGGCUGAAAUUCAUCGCCAAAUCAGUGAAGUUUAUGGUGAAAGCGUUAUGAGUGAAGGAAUGGUACGAAAAUGGGUUAGGGCCUUUAGUAAUGGCCGCACAAACAUUCACGAUGAGGAACGAAGUGGGCGACCUUCAGUCAUUAUCGACGAUUUGAUUGAAAAAGUGGACUGUAGAGUGAAAGAGAACAGACGAUUCAUGAUUUCAUUUUUAUCUAAAGAGUUUCCUGCAGUUUCAAAAAGUGUUCUCUAUGAAGUUGUGACUGGACGAUUAAAUUAUUGGAAGUUGUGUUCCCGUUGGGUGCCAAAAAUGUUGACGGAGGAGCACAAAACCAAACGUUUGGCCAGUGCAUUGACUUUUCUUGAGCGCUACAGUGAUGAAGAAGAUGAUUUUUUAAGUCGUAUUGUUACAGGCGAUAAAACGUGGGUAGCCUACGUUACACCGGAAUCAAAGCAACAAUCCAUGGAAUGGCGACAUUCAUCAUCUCCAAGGAAAGUCAAGUUCAAGCAAACAAUUUCUGCUCAGAAAAUCAUGUGCACGGUGUUUUGGGACAGAUACAGAGUGUUGCUUGUUGAUUUUUUGCCUCAUGGUGAAACGAUCAAUUCAGCUGCAUACUGUGAGACUUUAAAAAAACUGCGCCGUGCAGUACAAAACAAAAGGCGGGGCUUACUGAGCAAGGGUGUCGUUUUGCUCCACGAUAAUGCUCGUCCACAUACGGCAAAUCAAACUCAAGACCUAAUCACAUCAUUUGGCUGGGAACAAUUAGACCACCCUCCAUACAGUCCCGACCUAGCGCCGAGUGACUAUCAUUUGUUUCUGCAUUUGAAGAAGCAUCUGGCAGGGCAGCGCCAUAACAAUCACGACGAAGUCAAAACGACCGUUCUGCAGUGGUUGUCUCAUCAGGCGGCAACAUUCUUUGAGGAUGGAAUACAAAAGCUGGUCCCACAAUACGAUAAGUGUCUCAAUAUUAAUGGGAAUUAUGUAGAAAAGUAGUGUAAAAUAUGGGCUUUCACAUAAAUAAAAAUUUUGUUAAAAAUGUCUGCUUGUUUUUUUUAUAUUUCAAAACGGUACUUACUUUAAAAACACGCCUUGUAUAAGUUUGAAAUUAGCAAUUAACAAAUGCUCAAAGUCAGAAGCGAAGAUCUGCCAUUUCAUUUGCAACAAUCUAAUAUUUUUAAAGCAAUGAACAUCUCAAUGAUAUGAAUUGUUUGACCAAACCAUUCAAGAAAUGACCGUACCACACAAUGCACACUAAAUGUGUU